UGUAGUAGGGGCAUGUCAAAUAGGAGGCGAGUGGCGGACGUGAGAGAAGCCUUCUCGAAGCCCAUCGUUAAGCAGUCGCUCCUACUUCAGGCGGGUCAGCCACGAACCGACGGACCAGCCAAUUAGUUCAUCGUUUCCGUGUUUGUCCCCUUUCUCUAAGCACUGCGGAGCCUUAAGGGCACUGAGAUAACUUCACACAAAGCCAGACAUGAGCCAAGGGCAGCGCUGGAAUGGGAGCUACGUCAACAACUGCAGCCGGCCAGAUAUGGUACCGGAGAUCGCCGCCGCCGUGGGCUUCGUGUCCAGCCUAUUCCGCACCCGCGGCUGUGUUAGUGAGCAGCAGCUUCAGGUUUUCAGUGGGGCUCUUGAAGAGGCGCUUACAGAGCAUUACAAACAUCACUGGUUCCCUGAGAAACCAUUCAAAGGGUCUGGCUACCGCUGCAUCCGUAUCAACCAUAAAAUGGACCCUAUCAUCAGCAAAGCAGCUAGCCAGAUUGGACUCAGCCUUCAGCAACUGUACCAGCUCUUGCCCAGUGAGCUCACGCUCUGGGUAGACCCUUAUGAAGUAUCCUACCGAAUAGGGGAGGAUGGAUCCAUCUGCGUUCUGUAUGAAGCGUCAGCAGCACCUGUGAGCUCCUACGGGAUGCUCACCUGCAAAAAUCAGAUGAUGCUGGGGCGCACUAGCCCUUCUAAAAGCUACAUGAUGACCGUCUCCAGCUAAGCACUCCUUGUUAUCCUUACAUUGCCAAGACAUGGGCUACUGUAUACCUCAACCUGAGGAUGUAUUUUUUAAAAAAAUGAAGAGCUAUUUAUAUUUUUUUAAAAAAAGAAAAUCCAAAAUGAAAUUCAAUAGCAGGUACCACUCUUCUGUAGAGUGGUACUAAGGUGCCUUUUAAAAGCUGUUUGCAAGCUUGCAAGUUUAUUAAAAAAAAAAAAAAGCCAAUAU